CAAGGCAGACUAGAAAGCCACAAGCUGCUAGGGCUUUGCAGCCACUGCGCAGCAAAAGACAAGCUUAGUCCUGCCGAGGGCUUGGGAGCGUAGCCUGCCCCGCCCCCUGCCAGCGGUCCUUGGGAUUGGCUUGUGUUGGCGUCCUUCAAAUUUGGUGGGUGGGCCGAGGCUGGCGUGGGCGGGGCCGAGGCCGCGGGGAGCAGAGUGCUCCUGGCAGCCUAGGGAGUCGCAGGCUAGGCGCACGCGAGGCUGGCCGCGCCGCUGCACGCUUGUGCUAGUCGUCCGAGGCGCGGUGAGCGCGGUGGACGCUGAGGCGCUGCUGCAGGAGUCCAGGAGCCCCGGUGUCCCUAGAGCACUCAGCAAGGCCCCGGUUCUCUGCAGUCCCUAGAGCAGCUCGCGAUGGCCCCGCGCAAGAACGCCAAGGGCGGCGGCGGCAACAGCAGCAGCAGCGGCAGCGGCUCGGGCAGCGGUAGCCCGAGCACCGGUAGCAGCGGUAGCAGCAGUAGCCCCGGGGCGCGGAGAGAGGCAAAGCACGGAGGACACAAGAAUGGGCGGAGAGGAGGAAUUUCCGGAGGGUCCUUUUUCACGUGGUUCAUGGUCAUUGCGUUGCUGGGCGUCUGGACGUCGGUGGCCGUCGUGUGGUUUGACCUCGUUGAUUAUGAGGAAGUUCUAGCCAAAGCGAAGGACUUCCGUUAUAACUUAUCAGAGGUACUGCAAGGAAAGCUAGGAGUCUAUGACGCAGACGGUGAUGGGGACUUCGAUGUGGAUGAUGCCAAGGUUUUAUUAGGCCUGACCAAAGAUGGCAGUAAUGAAAAUAUUGAUUCUCUUGAGGAAGUCCUUACUAUUUUAGCGGAGGAGAGUUCAGAUUGGUUUUAUGGUUUCCUCUCAUUUCUCUAUGAUAUAAUGACUCCCUUUGAAAUGCUAGAAGAAGAAGAGGAAGAAGAAACUGCAGACGGUGUUGAUGGUACGUCGCAGAAGGAAGGGGUUCAGGGAAAGACCUGUGUCAUUUUGGAUUUGCAUAACCAGUAACUUCGAUUCAGGGACUAAAAUCAGUGGGUUGUAAAAUGGAGCAGCCUCCUCCGCCACCCCCUUUGCUUACGCAGGGCUCAACGCACAGUGGGGGCAGUUGUGACUUCAGAUAGAUGCCAACCACGUGAUCCCGAGGAUGUUGCCCAGCACAGCCACUUAGCUAGCUCCCGCUUGGCUCCCUCCACACCCAGAAAGGAAGUGGCUUUCCUCACCCCAGUAGCUGUUCACAAAGUGCACUGGAAACGAUGUUCUUGGGAGUAUAAUUGGUUUCUGUAUCGCUUUAUUUCAACUUAAUGUAUUCACUGAACUAAGUUGGAAAUUGUGUUGUAUUUAACCCCAAUGCCUGUCUUUCUCACACUUUAAUGAUAAUUCUAAUGGGAGUGGUUCUAAAAACAUUUCCCGCAUGACUAAUAAGCUAACGCUUCUCCGUUGGCCUUCACCUUGCCUGCUGUGUAGUGAUGGCCCUUUAAGAAGCUGGUAUUUUUUUAAUCUGUAAUUUCUUUAGGUUAAUUGACUAGUCAUAUAAGUUCCUACAAACUUGUUCAAGUUCUGUAUUCAUGGUGCUUUUGACAUGAUUUAAAAAUUCCCAUGUUUUUGCCUUAGGGUAGUGAAGUUUCCGAAUUUAGAUGCUAACAGGUCUGAAUAUGUAUGUUCCUGAAAUCAGAAUUUAUUUUCGGUUUCAUUUUCAAGUAUACACGUAGAGAAGGUAAUUUGUAAUUUUUUUUUUUAGGCCACCCUACUAUAAAAGAGGGAGCGUAUGAUCGUGCGUCUUGCAGAAUGUUGUACAUAUUAAAACUAUCUGUUCUGAAUUAGGCGUUUCCAUUUUUUACUAACUUAUUAGCUGUUGAUUUGGGUUAUGUGUAAUAUAAUGUUUAGAAUUAUAGAUUGAAUUUAUUGAAGUGGUUCUUCAUGUUUAGGAGAAAAUUUUCUUUCCCCUACUAUGAACAGUAGCAACAGCUUUGGCUUAGCCGUUUGAAACUGAGUUUGCCUCAGUAAUACAAAAUCAGUUAUUAGCUGUAUAAAGCCCGGUUCUGAAAAUCCCUAGUGACCCUAGUGACCCUAGUAUCCCUAGUGACCACCCUUGUGACUGGGGAGAGUGCCACCUAAGAGGCACUGUCAAUGCCUGUCAGAGUGUUUAGCUCCCAUUGACAGCUUCUAAAAUUCUGCCCAGCUUUGGGUCCUCAUGCAUUUGAAACCAGAAUACACUGGAGUUUUAGACACUUUUAUUUAAGUAUCAUUCCUGAAUAUUCUUUGUUUUUACAUACUUACCUCCUAGUAGGAGGUCAGCAACCAUUUGCUCCAGGGUGAUGGGGCACCGUUUGUUCUGGGAAGAUGGAAUGUUGGCUGAGGUACAACUCCUGAAAUCAGAAUGCAGCAGCUCUCUCUCUAACUGUCCCUACUCUUAUACGUGGUUACAUGUGCCACUCAUAGGCCAGGUCUUCUCAAAGCUUAAAUGGUUGGUAAGAGUUUUUCUCAUUCUGUGUUCAAACAGUAUGUUUUACUCUGUGCUGAGGACUUGGUCAGAAGCUUCUGGUACUCAAGUAUAUAAGCACUUCAACUCAGUCCUCAGCUACGUACGUAGUAAAUUGAGGACUCCUUAAUAAUCAUUUUCAAAGUUGUUUUAGCUCUCCUCCUGAUUAUGACUAAAUUCAUUUUGAAUUUGAAUGUUGUGGAAUAAUCAAAGGUAAUUAGUUUUGAAUUCACAACCUUAGGUCCUAAACUCAAUAAAAAGUCACUUACCCAAAUGGCUGAAAAGCGGGUUUUCAAAGCAGUUUUCUUUAAGUGUCAUGACUACUACUAACUGUGGAUGGUUUUAGUCAGGAAUGAAUAAUUAAAUUUCUGUGUUAAAAACGUUUGUAAUUAAUUCCUCAUCAGGUUUUUGCAUUGUCAUGAUACUAAUGCUCAUUCUAUGUACAGAAAUUAAUUAUGCCCAUUUUCCCAGCUGUAAAGUAAGUGUACGCAAUGGUGACUUCCCAACACUUUUAUACCAUCUUUAAUCAGAGCAUUUGAAAAACUUUAAGUGAUGAUGAAAUACAGGUAGCUGCUGAACCCCUGACUUCUGUGACUUCCUUCAACUUGUGUCUAAGGCUUUUUGUGUGUGUGUGUGUCUGAGAAAGAAUAAAGUUAUUGGCAAAAAUGUGGUCUAAA